GUUUAGUCAUCUGUCACAUCAACUUUCGCCGCGCGAGGAAUGUGCCGUGUUCUGUGUGCAGAAGCCAUUAGUGAAAGCCGAUGCAGGUUAUGCUUACUUAUGCACAUGUUGAACAACUGCUUGAGGAAUAGAGAAAAAUGGCAUUGAAAACGCAAAAAAAGAGUUUGGCCGAUAAAAUAAAUUCGUUAAUAACAAGCAAGCCAGUGCAUUUUGAUUCGGAUGAAGAAACGGAUGAGACAAAGGCUAAAAUAGUACAAUAUUACGAUGAGAAUGUUUCUUCGGACGAUGAAUUUCGGCAAUCGAAAAUUCGUAGACAAAAUGUCGAUACGCUGGAUAAAGUGGAUGAAAGGUAUGCUGGUAAGAAGGUCUCGAGAAAAGAUAUAUAUAGCGAUGAGGAUGAUGAAGAUGACAUAAGCAAAGGCAUGGAAAGUGAAAGUUCUGAAAAAAUCACAGAGGAAGAGGAGAUAGAAAGUACACUGGAACAAAGUAGUAAUGAAUCAAAUGACAAAGAGACAGAUUUCCAGCAAGGAUCUGAAGCUGCUGAGAGUGAGUCUGAUUUAGAGGACGACUGUGAUAUGGAUUUAAACAAUUCCCUUUACAGAAAGAAGGAUUCUGCUGUUAAGACUAUGUCUGAAACCAAUGUUAGGGCAGAUAUUGAAAAAGGGAAUUGUGUUAGAAAUCAACUAAAGCUUUGGGAAAAUUUACUGGAAAUACGAAUAAAGCUACAAAAAUGUCUUGUAACUAGUAAUCAAAUGCCACAGUACGAUACACAUGAGGAACUCAGAUCAAACAUGAGUUUUGUGAAAGAGAUCAAUGAAACCAAAAGUAAACUGGCGUUACUCUUGGGUAAUAUGUUGCAACUGAAAGAAAUUUUGUUUAAGCAAUAUCCUGAAACAAAAAGUCUAUGUACUGGCUCUAAGAAAAGAAAAGAAGAUGAGAAUGGUAAGAACGAAAGCAUUGAUAAUUCAAUGGAUGAGGAAAUACCUUCAGACACUGAGAAUGAAUUGGACAAUGGAGAGAUGUCGUCUGCUAAUGAAGAAACAAAACAAAUUGAAGAACCAGUGCCUAGAAAACGAAUCAAAUAUAAUGAUUAUGAGCGUGUUCUACGAGAGAGCCACAACUCCUACACAGAAUAUAGAGAUUCCGUUAUCAAAAAGUGGAAUGACAAAACGCGGAUUGCCACAAGCUCUCUGAAUAAGAGCGCGGGCCAGACGACACUGAAGCAAAUUGAAUUCGCCAUGAGCGACAUAGGUAAAUUGCGAAAGAAAACUCGGCUGAAACGCUCCGAAUACAACAUUGUUGGGAAACCAUUGUCACCUGACGACAACGAUGGCAGAAGACUUCAAGAAUACGAUCCGGAGAUUUACGACGACGACGAUUUUUAUCAUCAGAUGUUGAGGGAUUUAAUGGAGUAUAAAUCGGCAGAUCUGACUGAUCCGAUACAACUUAGCAAACAAUGGAUCCAACUACAAAACAUGCGCAGGAAGAUGAAGAGAAAAAUCGACACUCGUGCGACAAAGGGUCGAAGGGUGCGAUACGACGUUCAUAAUAAGUUGGUGAAUUUCAUGGCGCCUAUCACAGUGUACGAUACAUGGACAGAUUCCGCGAAAAACGAGCUUUACAAUUCGUUGUUUGGUAAAAUAAAAUCGGCAGAAGACGAAAUAAUAUAAUUAUAAAUAUGUGUAAAUUAUGUAUAAUUUCCCUUUGUAAAUACGGGAGAUAACACGGUUCUUCUGAAGAAUUUUUACAAAUAAUAUGUACUAAUAAAGUACACAAAACGAGCUGCAAAUUAAUGAAACUUUAUAUAUCUGAAAUAUAUCUGGAAACUAGGAAGUUUGCGUUAUGAAAUGUUUCUUGAACUAUUUCGUUAUCAUUAUUUUUUCCAAAAUUACAGCUUAAUUUUGUGAAUUUUUUCUGGCCGAAUAAAACAAAAUUUAAAUAUUGAA